UUGCAGGAAAGAAGUAAAAAGUGCUGGUGUUUAAUGUGCAUGACGAUUUAUGUAUUUAUUAAAUUAAAAUACAAUAAGUUAAUAAAAAGCUGUAAAAUCUAAGCAUAAAGUAAAUGUGAUACAAAAGGAGUGAUAUUCGAUAAAGAAUAAGCGAUUUAGUUGUGAAUAAAAUAUCUUACAUCGUUGUUUUCUGUCGGCUAGCGAAUAAAUUGAUAGUUGCAUGAGACAAAAGUCGUGUAAUAAACAAAAAGAGAAAUUAAUGUUUCAACAAAAUAAAAUUAAUUUAAAACCAUAGCGGAAAUUCAAAUACUUCUAUAUCAAUAUCGUGACCAAUAAGAAAACCAACGGAAGGUAUAUUUGUGUGUAUAUUGGUAGACCCGCAGCGGCAAGCAAAGGAGUAACACCAAAUAGCAAAACAUCAACCAGGAAAGCAACCAGACAAAUAACAUGGCGAGUGAAAUCGAUGAUUUAAUAGAGAAACUGAAAUCGACCUCGGUGAGUGCGGAGAACACGACCAGCGAAAGCAAUAGCAACACCAACAGCCUACUCACCCAAAUAUCCGCUACGAAAGAUCCCAAACUCUUCGACAAACAUGAAUUGGCCGAUCUCUUUAUGGCCUUGGCACAGUCAGAGGAAUUGAACAUACGCAAAGAGGCAGCCAAAUGCAUUGCCGAAAUCACAAAAUCCGAAGUGCAACGCAAGAAAUUCACAAAACGUGACAUUAUCGAAGUGUUUCUGCAAUGUCUGCGCGAGCUGCCGGCCGAUGCGAAUUUGGAGUUGCCCAUACAAAUAUGCCGAGCGCUCGGCAAUAUCUGCUACUUGAACGAUGAGGCGCGCGAUCUCAUACUCGAGCUGCAUGGCGAUGAGGUGCUCGUGCGUCUGCUCGACAUAACGCAAGUCGACGACACGGAGAACGCAUUGCAGUUUAUUAAAGUGCGCGGCGGUUUGCUUUCGAAUUAUUUACUGGGUGGCGAGGGUUUGGCUAAACGUGCCCUGGAGUUGGAAAUUAUGCAAAAGCUACAGCAGAUCAUUACAAUCGGUAUGGGUAAUGUUGAGGAGCGUGAGGAUCUGCUAUUGAAUACUCUACCGCUGUUGAGCAUACUAACGGAAAAUGCGCCCGAUUUGAAUUUCGAUGCGAAUCUCAACAUACAGUUGUCGCAUAUUUUGGCUGCCUCCACAAAUCCCGAUUUAGCGGAAAUGUGCCUUGAAUUGUUGCAUUAUCAGGCGGAAAAUGAUGAUGUGAAAUUGCUGCUGGCAAAGGAUGGCCUCUGCGAGACGAUCUAUAAUCUGCUUGAGAAAUAUAAGACUUUGGCGAGUACCAGUGAGGCGCGUGCGCUCAUGAAGCUGGCAUGCGAAUUGAUUGUAUUAAUACUCACGGGAGACGAAUCUAUGCAUUAUCUUUACUCGACGCCACUGCUAAAGAGCAUGGAGGACUGGCUCGACUCGGAGGAUAUCGAUCUGCUCACCACCGGUGUGCUUGCGCUGGGCAAUUUCGCGCGCACAGACAGUCAUUGCAUUUAUAUGGUGGAAAAUAAGAUUAUGAACAAAUUACUCGAUGUCUUGGCCAAAAAUAAUGGCGUAAAAGACGAUGUGCGUCUGCAGCAUGCACUGCUGAGCGCAUUGCGUAAUCUUGUCAUACCGAAGCCAAACAAAAAUGCUGUCAUACAAGCUGGACUUGUAGAAACCAUACUGCCAAUGCUGGAGAUACAUCAGCCGCCGGUCGUCUUCAAGCUGUUGGGUACUUUGCGCAUGACAGUGGAUGGUCAAGAGAAAUUGGCACUGGAACUGCUACGCAAUAAGACACUUAUCGAACAACUUGUACACUGGAGCAAAUCUUCCGACUAUGCUGGCGUCACAGGCGAAUCGCUGAGGCUAAUGGCUUGGCUAAUCAAGCACGCCUAUUUGGGUCGCAUCGCCUACGCCUUGCCACGCAAAGGCGAUGCACCGGUUGAACAUUUCGCCGACAAGCUGCCGCCGGAGGAUUACGAUCGCAGCAGCUUGCAAGCGUUCAUCGCCAUUGAAGGCACCGUCGAGGCUAUGAUCAACAUGUUGACAUCGCAACAUUUAGUCAUGCAAAACGAAGCGCUAAUUGCCUUAUGUAUAUUGUCUGUCGUGUAUUUGACGAAUAGCGCUGCCGCCAAGAGUGAUGAUGUGAAUCUGGCCGAGAUUUAUAUUAAAUAUGAAGUUGGUAAGAAAUUGGCGGAAUUAAUACGUAAAUCAUCGGACACAAUGACAAAGGAGAUUGUGGAAAAUUUGCAAAACUUUAAUAAUCUACUGCGCACUUCCGGUAAAUUGGUGACGCAUCUGGAGGAGAACAAUAUCAAUGAGUUGUUGAAGUCGAUACCGAUACUAACCGAGUACUGCACACUCUAAAAGGAUGCGAGCUGUGCGUCCAUUGCCGCCGGGUUGGGUACUCAUGUCAGUUAGGGAAUUGGCAAAUUCAAUUUGAUUUGAUGAAGGUUUAAACACACGAGUGUCGAGGAAAGAGAUAAAAUUUUAACUUAGGGAAAAAUGUUGGCAAAUGCAAAUUGUUGAAAUU